AUGUCCAAACCAGCAUUCUGGCUUCGCUGCGAAAAGAAAGAGUUUGAGCGACGGUCCGCUCUUACUCCUACUACCUCAAAGAAAUUGAUCGACGCCGGUUUCGAGAUUUUUGUCGAACGCGACGAGCAGCGCAUAUUCGAUGACUCGGAAUAUGAAGCUGUUGGUUGCAAGCUUGUCGACAACAACUCGUGGCCAUCUGCCCCGACUUCUGUUCCCAUCAUUGGAUUGAAAGAACUUCCCGAGUCAACUGACCCCUUGCCGCAUACCCACAUCCAGUUUGCACAUUGUUACAAGCGCCAAGCUGGGUGGUCCAAAGUUCUCUCGCGCUUCCACCACGGUGGUGGAACCCUAUACGACAUUGAAUUCCUCAACGAUACCUCAGGCCGCCGAGUCGCCGCCUUCGGUUUCCAUGCCGGCUUCGCUGGUGCGGCUGCGGGUGCUCUGGCCCUUGCUGCUCAACGAAAGGGCCAACCCUUAGGCCUUCUCACUCCCUAUGAAAAUGAGACUGAUAUGAUCAACAGUGUUCGGGAGCUCUUGGGAGGAAGCGGUAAAGGUGUUAAGGCGCUUGUCAUCGGUGCUCUUGGUCGUUGUGGCCGUGGUGCUGUCGAUCUUUUCAGAAAAAUUGGGCUCGACGAGGAUGACAUACUGAAGUGGGAUAUGGCGGAGACCGCCAAAGGAGGUCCAUUCAGUGAAAUUCUAGAUGUGGAUAUCUUUGUCAACUGCAUUUAUCUUUCUUCCAAAAUCCCGCCCUUUAUCAACGAGCGAACGAUUGCCGCUGUCGGAAAACAGCGUCGGCUGUCGGUUGUCGUAGAUGUCAGCUGCGAUACAACAAACCCCUUCAAUCCCAUUCCAAUCUAUAAUAUCAAUACCACGUUCGACAACCCCACUGUUCCUGUUCAAGUCGGAGAGGGAAAUCCACCACUUUCUGUGAUUUCUAUCGAUCACUUGCCCACACUUCUUCCCAGGGAAGCUUCAGAGCAAUUCAGCGGAGAUUUGCUCCCGUCCCUCCUUGACUUCCCAUCGCGCCAAACUGCACCAACAUGGGCCAACGCCGAAAAGCUAUUUAAAGAGAAAUUAGCUGAGGCAGUUGCUGAAGAAAAACUCUAG